GAUGAAGAUGAUGAAGAAAACGAAGAAGAGGAGGGAGGGUUGAGUAAAUCUGGUAAAGAGUUAAAGAAACUGCUCGGUAAGUCUAAUGGUUUGAAUGAAUCUGACGAAGACGAUGAUGAUGAUUCAGAAGAGGAGGAGGAGACAAACGUCAGUCCAGUUACGAAUUUAAAACAGAAGGAGGUGGCGAAAGAAGAACCUGUUGAAACUGCACCUGCAAAACCUGCACCAUCUGGACCUGCUCGUGGAACACCUCCUGCAAAACCAUCUAAGGGAAAGAGAAAACUAGAAAGCGAUUCUAAAAAGCCUAGCAGCUCUGUUCAAAAGAAAGUAAAGACUGAAAACCAGGAUCCGAGAUCUUCAGUGAAGGAAGAGAGAACAAACACAGUUUCAAAAUCCAACACACCAACAAAAUCAGUGAAAGCUGAACCAGCUUCAGCUCCUGCAUCAUCCUCAGCUGCGACCGGGCCUGUAACUGAAGACGAAAUACGGGCAGUUCUGAUGGAGAAGAAGCAAGUCACUACACAGGAUCUUGUUUCCAGGUUUAAGGCAAGACUUAAGACCAAAGAGGACAAGACUGCUUUUGCCGAUAUUCUGAGGAAGAUCUCCAAGAUACAGAAGAACGCUAAUUCUCAAAACUUCGUCGUCCUGAGAGAAAAAUGAGAGACGUUGCUAUAUAUUUAUUACUUCACAGCUAACUCUUUCUUUCAAUAUUUUCAAGCUCUCCCAUAUAUAUAUAUUUUUUUGGUAGUUCAAGAUCUCUCAUAUUAUGACAGUGGUACAAGUAAGAAUGUUUGUCAUUUCUUGAUUUUAAAAUGUUUGAUUCGGAACGAUUUUUUAUUUUCUCCAAAA